AUGGAAGGCCGAGGACUGCGCCGAGCAACGCUUGUCCUCCGCCCCCAUCAUCUCCAGUUGCUUAUGAAAUUCAAUACACCCAUUCCACAACCUUUGCCAAAAGAAUGCGACAAAGCAGCAAAGAUAUUUCAGUCCUUUGUCGAUCAAGGAAACAAUGGGCUUGAUGGAGUGAUACCCAGAGAACUUAUCGAGAACGCGAAAGGAUUCGCCAUCUUCACUAUCUUCAAAGCUGGUUUUGUUUUCAGUGCCAGAGCUGGGAGUGGUAUAGUCAUUGCCAAGUUACCUAACGGUUCAUGGUCCGCUCCUAGUGCCAUUGGACUUGCAGGACUCGGUGUGGGUGGGCAAUUAGGCGCUGAGAUGACAGAUUUUCUUGUAGUUUUGAACUCAAGAUCAGCCCUCAGAUCGUUCAUAGCUGCGGGUUCCUUGACAUUAGGAGGAAAUGCAAGCAUAGCUGUGGGCCCUCUCGGCCGCAACGGAGAGGCAACUGGAGCGUUGAAUACCAAUGGGAAGGUCGCAGCCAUGUACAGUUACUCAAAAACGAGAGGACUCUUUGGGGGUUUAUCCAUCGAAGGCUCCGUCAUCGUCGAAAGGCAAGACGCCAAUAUCCGAGCUUAUAAGAACGACAUCAUCACAGUCCAACAGCUCCUUGGUGGCGCCAUAGAGCCACCCGCAUGGACUUCCAACCUCGUCAAGACACUAGAGGCAUGCACAGGAAUGCCGGGUCCGAGAAGAUGGGUCAGCGACGAAAGAUUACGCGAUGAAGGGAGUUAUGCGUUCAGUGGCCUUGCCAGUCCUAACAGUACCCCUCCGCCCACUCGCAAACUCAAACGGGGAGACAAACCCCCUUUUCCGCCGACUUCGUGGGGUCAGCCCAAGGACUCCGGAGGAUACUUCUCUUCUGACUUUGACUGCGCCACUCCCUCAGUCGAAACAGAUUCUUGGCAACGAGGAGAUACCUCUGCAACCUCGAAUUUCGAAACUCGCUUUGAAACCGAUUUCGCACCGUCAGAAGUUUUGCGUAAACAUAAACGUUUGAGUUCAGUCAACUACGCAACGUCCCCUCGUGAUCCAAUCGAGCACUCCACUGUCAGGAAGCACUAUCGAUCCGCCAGUUUAGCCUCCCCAGCGAUGUCUUAUCCACCUUUGACCUCUCUGAAUCCCUUUGAAGCCUCCUCACUCGUCGAUGUCAGUGCCAGCGACAAUCACACUUUCAGAAACUCCCAUAGUACCAUACCACAGACUUAUAUCUCCCCGAAACCGGAAUUGGCGAAACCUCUGAAUUCGCACGAGGGUGUUGGUCGUGCCAUUGCAUUAUAUGACUUCAACGCAGUUGAGUCUGGAGAUCUUGCUUUCAAGAAGGGCGACGUUAUAACUAUUGUUCGGAAGAGUGACAGUACAGACGACUGGUGGAUAGGUAAAAUUGGCUGUUCAAAAGGUAUCUUCCCUGCUAAUUUUGUCGAAGUUGUAUGA